AAACACGUUGGUUUAAAAUGAGGUUGAAGUAAUCUCUUACCUUAAUUUGAAACCAUUUUGUAUUAAAACUUAAAAACCAUAUAAAUAGGUUUAGGGUUUCCGUUCACUAUUAUCGUCUCUUACUAUUUCACCCAACACCACCGACCUUCCACCUUCCGCCACCGUUUUCCGGCAAACCGGCACCAUCCUUCCAUUUUUCCGAUCUUACAGUUUGAUCUUUGCAUUUGAGUACUUUGGUUAAAGGUUUCUUCCAGUCUCAACCAUGGCAACUAGACUUCAGUUUGAGAAUAAUUGUGACAUUGGAGUGUUCUCUAAACUUACCAAUGCCUAUUGUAUGGUUGCUAUUGGAGGCUCUGAAAGCUUCUACAGUGUAUUUGAGUCCGAGUUAUCAGGUGUUAUCCCAGUGGUGAAGACAUCUAUUGCUGGCACACGCAUUGUUGGUCGUCUAUGUGCUGGAAACAAGAAUGGUCUUCUCUUGCCCCAUACCACCACAGACCAAGAACUUCAACAUUUGAGAAACAGUCUACCUGAUCAAGUUGUUGUUCAGAGGAUAGAAGAAAGAUUAUCUGCUCUGGGAAAUUGUAUAGCAUGUAAUGACCACGUGGCUCUCACUCACACCGAUCUCGACAGGGAGACUGAGGAGAUAAUUGCAGACGUUCUUGGAGUAGAAGUUUUCAGGCAGACCAUUGCUGGUAAUAUUCUUGUUGGUAGUUUCUGCGCCCUCUCCAAUAGAGGUGGUUUGGUCCACCCUCACACUUCAAUAGAAGAUUUGGAUGAACUUUCUACACUUCUUCAAGUUCCUUUGGUAGCCGGGACCGUCAACCGAGGUAGUGAAGUGAUAGCUGCUGGAAUGACAGUUAAUGAUUGGACAGCAUUUUGUGGUUCAGACACCACAGCAACUGAGCUCUCUGUCGUUGAGAGUGUUUUCAAGCUGAGGGACUCACAGCCUAGUGUCAUUGUGGAUGAGAUGAGGAAAUCACUCAUUGAUAGCUAUGUUUGAAAAUUAAUUGAUAGUAUUGAUGACUUUUGGUAAACAUGUUUUAAAUUUUGGUUAUAGUUUUUGUCUUGUAAUGUGAAGACUUUUGGUGAAGAUGUUAUUUUUGUUAUAGUUUUGGCUUAUGCAAUGUGAACACUUAUGUUCUAAAAAGGAUUGAUUGUAAUUUUACUUGUUUGUGAUAUCGGUUAUUGAGUGUUGGGAUACUUUGAUCCAAGGCAUAUUUGGUUUAA